UUGCAGCUGGGCCAACUCCGCGGCGCAGGAGGCGGCAGAGCGCGGGGCGCCAGCGGCAGGUCCAGCGGCCGCCGCACCAUGCCCGAGCCCACCUUCGGGCAGCUGCUGCGCGCCGCCGGGGCCCCGGCCGGGGAGGAUGCCAGACACCCGGGAGAGGCCAGGGCAGCUGUGGCAGUGGCGGCACGAUGGUGGUGACAAGCUCUGCCCGAGGCGGCAGCGGGGACCGUGCGCCCUCCCGGCGGCGGGGCUGCGGACUCGCGCCGGCCGGGGCUGCGGCGCUGCUGGCCGGGGCGAGCUGCCUGUGCUACGGCCGCUCCCUGCAGGGCGAGUUCGUGCACGACGACGUGUGGGCGAUCGUGAACAACCCCGACGUGCGGCCCGGCGCCCCGCUCCGUUGGGGCAUCUUCAGCAACGACUUCUGGGGCAAGGGCAUGGCCGAGAACACCAGCCACAAGUCCUACCGGCCGCUCUGCGUCCUCACCUUCAAGCUAAACAUAUUUCUGACUGGCAUGAACCCCUUCUACUUUCAUGCAGUAAAUGUGAUUUUGCACUGCCUCGUGACUCUCGUGCUGAUGUACACCUGUGACAAAACUGUCUUCAAGAAUCGUGGACUUGCUUUUGUUACGGCCUUGCUUUUUGCUGUGCAUCCUGUUCAUACUGAGGCGGUGGCCGGAAUUGUUGGCAGAGCUGAUGUAUUAGCGUGCCUGCUCUUUCUGUUGGCCUUUCUCUCCUACAAUAGGAGUGUGGACCAGUGUUGUGUUGGGGAGUGUUUCCCUCCCACGGCCUCUCCCUUCUUUUUGCUACUCAGUUUGUUUCUGGGGACAUGCGCAAUGCUGGUGAAAGAGACAGGCGUCACAGUGUUUGGAGUGUGCUUGGUUUAUGACUUCUUUUCCCUAUCCCACAAGCCGGAGAAAUCGAGCAAUGGGGUCACGCAUCAGCACGGCACGCAGCAGCCUGGGAGCCCCCAGCCCUCCUCACUGCCAGCGCACCCUCUGCGGGAGAACGGGAAGCAACAGCGGUUUCCCCACAAGGGAUCCUGGAGCGGCUGCCCCUCCUCAUUGCCACCAGAACCCAAGAGCAGUGGAUUCCCGGUGUCGCCUCGAGCUGUGUGGUCCAUGAUGAGGUAUCUGACAGCAAGCAGUAAUAGAAAUUUCCUGCUUACCAUGAGGCCAUUCUUCAAAAGGGCCAUUUUGGUCAUAAGUUAUGUGAUUGUUGUUUUGUACUUCCGUCUAUGGAUAAUGGGAGGAUCUAUGCCCCUCUUUUCAGAGCAGGAUAAUCCAGCUUCAUUUUCGCCUUACAUUCUUACAAGAUUCCUCACCUAUUCCUACCUCUUGGCCUUCAACGUGUGGCUUCUGCUUGCACCUGUCACCCUGUGCUAUGACUGGCAGGUCGGCAGUAUUCCCCUGGUAGAGACCAUAUGGGACGUGCGGAACUUAGCCACCAUCCUUCUGGCAGUUGUGAUGACCUUACUGAGCCUUCAUUGUUUAGCAGCCUUCAAGAGACUGGAGCACAAGGAAGUGUUAGUGGGCUUGUUGUUCCUGGUUUUCCCGUUCAUCCCAGCCAGCAAUCUCUUCUUCAGGGUGGGCUUUGUGGUGGCCGAGAGAGUCCUUUACAUGCCGAGCAUGGGCUAUUGCAUCCUGUUUGUGCACGGACUGAGCAAGCUCUGCGCUUGUCUGCAUCGCUGUGGGGCCACCACCCUGACGGUGUCCACUGUGCUGCUGCUGUUGCUCUUCUCGUGGAAAACCGUAAAACAGAAUGAAAUUUGGCUGUCGAGAGAGUCCCUGUUCAGGUCUGGAGUUCAAACUCUGCCCCAUAAUGCCAAGGUGCACUACAACUACGCCAAUUUCCUGAAGGACCAAGGUCGGAACAGGGAAGCAAUCUACCACUACAGAACGGCCCUCAAGUUGUAUCCGCGCCAUGCAAGUGCUCUGAACAACCUUGCAACGCUGAUGAGAGACACAGCAGAGGCAAAGAUGUACUAUCAGAAGGCUCUCCAGCUAAAUCCACAGCACAACCGGGCUCUUUUCAAUCUUGGGAAUCUCCUUAAAUCCCAGGAGAAAAAAGAAGAAGCCAUCACCUUACUGAAGGAUUCCAUUAAAUAUGGUCCAGAGUUUGCAGAUGCAUAUUCAAGCUUAGCUUCAUUAUUGGCUGAACAGGAGAGAUUUAAGGAAGCUGAGGAAAUAUACCAGGCUGGAAUAAAGAAUUGUCCAGACAGCUCAGACUUACAUAACAACUAUGGAGUUUUCUUAGUUGAUACUGGCUCUCCAGAGAAGGCAGUGGCCCAUUACCAACAGGCCAUCAAACUUAGCCCAAGUCAUCACGUAGCCAUGGUGAACCUGGGGAGACUCUACAGAUCUCUGGGAGACAACAGUGUGGCUGAAGAAUGGUAUAAACGCGCCCUGCAGGUGACACGCAAAGCUGAGAUAUUAUCACCCUUGGGAGCACUGUAUUACAACACUGGCCGCUAUGAUGAGGCUCUGCAGGUUUACCGAGAAGCUGCCGCACUUCAGCCUUCUCAAAGGGAACUCCGCCUGGCACUGGCUCAGGUUUUGGCCAUGAUGGGUCAGACAAAAGAAGCUGAAAAGAUGACCAAUCACAUUGUGUCAGAGGAGACUGGGUGCCUUGAAUGCUAUCGGCUGUUGUCAGCCAUCUACAGCAAGCAGGAGCUCCACGACAAGGCACUUGAUGCUAUAGACAAGGCUCUCCAGCUGAAGCCAAAGGACCCAAAAGUCGUAUCUGAACUUUUUUUCACAAAAGGCAACCAGCUAAGGGAGCAGAACCUUCUGGACAAAGCUUUUGAGAGUUAUAAAGCAGCCGUGGAACUAAAUCCAGAUCAAGCACAGGCCUGGAUGAAUAUGGGUGGAAUCGAACACAUCAAGGGAAACUAUGUGUCUGCAAGAGCUUAUUAUGAGAGAGCCUUACAGCUGGUUCCAGACAGCAAACUGCUGCAGGAAAAUCUCGCCAAGUUGGAUCGCCUAGAAAAACGAUUACAAGAAGUUCGAGAAAAGGAUCAAACGUAGCAGCUUUUGACCUAAUCUUGAGGAUGAUGCUGGUGCCUCUAGAAGAGGAAGAAGUGAUAUACAGCCAUUGCUUUCACAAUCAGUGAAGCUUUCCCAGUUCAGGCGGGCACAUUCGGGGACACCUGCUGGUAACCCUGUGCAUGAGGGACUUGCAUUUCCAUAAAAAAAGACAAAAGAGCAAGCAAGAGCGAGGAGGUCUAAGCGGGAAGGAAAAAAAAGAAAUACUACACAUUUUACAGAUUUCUUUUGGCUUUAACUCCAGAUUUCCCUUCAUAUAUUUCUCUGCUUUUGCAACCCAGAGAUCUGAUGCUAUUUCUUAGUUUAGACUUUUAUGUCCCAGAAAUACAGAAGUUGGAAAUGCUAUGAAGGCAGAGAGAACAUUGCUUCUUAAUGAGAUGAGAUAUUUCAAAGAUGAUAAAUCCUCUGAGAUAAGCCAUUUGGGAAAUUUUACCAAGAGGUGGCUCAUUUAAUGCUCUAGAACCAGAAAGGAGUAUGCACUAGUUUUUGUAGAACCUUCCAGAAUGUGUGGGGAAAAGGGCUAUUGUUAAGUGAGCUUGAUCUAAUGUUCCCCUAAAUAUGUUGCUCGAGCCCUAUUGAGUAAUAAAUCAAAUCCCACUGUGAUGUAAGCUUUUUCCCAUUGCAUCACAUAUCCACAAGGAAGCUUCUGGACUUGUGUGUGGAUAUUCUUAUCCCUAGGGGGAAACCAAGGAUCUUGGUACCUCUAAUUCUUGAUGGAAAAUUUAAAAUUAUUUAAAUUUUAUUACAAGUAUUACUAGAGUAGUGGUUCUGCUCUAAGUUUUCAGAAGUGCUUUCAAAAUCAUAAAUGUUUCCGCUUCUACAUACAUUGUUAUUUUGGUGGAGAAAAACAUAGUAUAUUCUACAUGAGAAUUAUUAAAGAUAUUAACUGAGAGAAAUGUUCUACUUUAUUAUCUUAACACUUAGACAUCAUGAGAUUUAUUAUUUUUUUGAAAACUAUAUUUAACCAUUAAGGAAUCUUUACAGCAUAUCACAGAAAUGUUCAUAGACUCUCAAUGGAAAGAGAGCUUUAUUGAUCUGUCUUCCUAGGCUUAAUGAGAAUUUUGUGCUUAGAAUAUGACUGACGGAAACCCAGAACUCUUGGUUCUGUAUAUGUAAUUUUGGAGAUUUCAUGGAGAAUGCUCAAAAAAUCUAGGAACAAAGUCUAAAUUCAUAAUUUAAAAAAUAUAUAUAUUUAUAUUUAAUAAUAAGGAAGGCAAAGUUCAGCUUACAAUUUGACAUUUGCUUUUUAGUGUUAUUUAUUUUAUAACUUAUGAAAUAUUUAAUAUAUAUGUAUAUAUAUACACACACCGUUUUUUUCUUUGUACAUAGUAGUUUUAAUAGCAGCUUUCAAACCCGAUCAUACAAAAAUUAUAUAUCUAAAUUACAAAGUCGUUUCAUUUUAACAGCUCCUUUAAAAAGUUGUAUUGAUUAUUCACCUGCCUAAGUUAAAGAAAUUGGGGAUUAGCCUUCAGUGAUUGGGUGGUAUUGUAUUUUGGUAUAGAUUUUGAAAUUGGAGCAUCUGAUUUUCAUUUGGUCAUCAUUAUAAUAAUUAAAAAAAAGGAAAGCCCACUCUGGGCAGUGCUGCUCAUGGUGCUGAGGCAGGUUCCAUGGAGAAACGUCGUCUGAAGGCACACACGUAUUCCCAUGCUUCGCCGGGGUGUGAUAGGAAAACCUGUUUCUUUUCAAACCAAUAUCAGGAAACACUGCCUCGACUUGUUGGUUUUUUCGUCAAAGUAAAUCUAGAUAAAAGGAAGAAAAAACUUUAGAAAGAGAUGAUACGAGGAAUAUUUUAAAUGCAAAGGAUUACAGAAUUUGCAUUGCAAUACAUCUGUUUGUGUGCAUCAAUAAUCCAGGGAUUAUAGUACCACUAUGAUCUUUUGUUUCUAAUAGCCUUUUAAUGUUGUAUAUCAUACAUUUGUCUAAAACUAUAUUUAAAAUAUUUUUCUUCCCCCCAAAAUAUACUUCUAUAAUCCUAAGGCCAAGAAACCUACUCCAGUACAUUUGAAUAAUAUACUGUGUUACAUUCUACCCCCAAAAUAAUAUGAAGCUCUAGCUAAAACCAAUAUCUAGGACUUUAAUCACAACUUUUUAGAAUGAUCUGUAACCAAAACGCACACUUAGAAAGUUGGUGCAAAGGACUGAGCCCCAAAUUUUGAAAGCAAUUAUGCCUUACUUGAAGUGCUUCUUUUAAAGGGAUGAGAGUACAUUUGUUGGAAUAAUUGAAUGGCAAUUACAGCUUAAAAGUCUCCAAAAGGAAAGGGUCACAUGGUGUUUAGGAGACUUUUUCUGCCUUCUUUUGGGUGCUCUUCUCCUCCCCCCCACUUCAUGUCUCUCUCUCUCUCUCUGGCUUAUUCUGUCUGCAUACCCUGGUAUGUCUUUGAACAUUAAAAGUUAACACUGUUGCAUCAGAUAUUUCUGUCCUGAGUUAAUACCUUCACUGAGAUGCGGCCAAUGAAAUAAUUUUCAUAGAUGAAAUGGUGCCUAUAAGAAAAUAAAUCACAUAGUAUUUUUCAGAGAUAUUAAGUGUAUUUUGUACCGUUUUUAUUCGAUCUUUGUAACAGGAAAUAAUAUGUGGUUUUCAUGCUUAUCAAAAUAAAAACUGAGUGCCCUGGCUCGUCACAGAGACGCACCAGGUUGCCCUUAAGAAAGAAAGCCUGAUUGUCCUGGGAGUUGAUAGCCCCUGUGAGAGGGAAUCACAGAGCUAACUUCAUGGAAGUGCAUUCUACACAGUCCAUCGGGGUCUUGCACUGAGAUGCACUUUAUGUUUGGUUGAAUACUCUGCUUGAAAUUCUUGUUGUGCCAUGUCAUUUUGCUCUGGGUCCUUAAAUAUGUAGCAGGUCCCCAGUAGGAGGGAAGGUGGCUGUAGACAAGACAGGAGUUGCUUCAGUCUGGCUGGAUACUUGAUCCAGUGAGCAGAGUUUCACGGGUGACUUUUCCCCUGAGCAACGUGCGCUACUUUUUCUCAGCUGCAUUUGAGUUCCACGUGCACAUAUCUGCCCCCACCUACUGCCAAUCUUUCUAACCUGUCCUUCUGUCCUCCCUAGAACCAAUUCUUCUUGCCUUCAAAAUCCCCGUGAGUGGCAGUCCUUUAACAUGUCCUUGGACAUAGGGGCCACGAGAAUGGCUUUGCAAGCUUAUUUCAACCUUAAGAAUUAUUCAGGAUUUUAAAAAUGAUUCAGAUGUUUUCAAUUUGUUAAUGGCAUUCAUGCAACAUGGUUCUGUGAUGUAACACAGGUGAACUAAACCAAAGAUUCAAAUACCUUGGAGGAAAAGAAGUUUUAUGUACAUGAAUCCUGAUUUCAAUGUGCUGCUAGGCUGAAGAUCCACUGCAGGCUAACAAUUUUAAUGGGAGUUUAUGACUUUUACAAGAGAUGUUUAUAAUCUUUUACAUUUUUUACUUUUAAAUCUAGAUGAAAAUGAUUCACAGAAUUCUAAAGAAUGAUUUAUGGCACAGUUGGUUGGUUGAGGCUAUCAUUCCAAGAUUGACAAACAGCUGGGUUGGGUGGGGUAGUUUUGCACUUGUGGCAAUUGGAUUAUGAUCUGACCUUAUAUUUACAGAAUUCUUUGUUCUCAAGAUGGAGAGGAAUAGCCUAGCCAUUUGCAUCUACCCAGACAAGGUGCCAGUAUAUAAAAUUCAUAUUUUUUUAUGACUCAGAGAAGGUGUCCAUGACAUAGAGUUUAUGCUUCGACCCAUGUCUCUCUUUCUUUGGGUUACGUGCAUGUCAGCUUUUGUUAGUUAUUUCUUAAUUGUACUCUUUAGAAUCAGUUUAAAAAUUUUUUUUGCUCUGAUUUGUGAUGGAUUUGCACCUUAGAUUAAUAAAUUUAUAGGACAUUAGUAACAACAUUCAAAGCCAAUAUAGUUAUAGGGGGUUUGUUUUUAAUUUUUCCGUGAUUUCCAUAUCAUAUUUACUUUGAUUAAAUUGUAUGUUGAUAUUUCCCAAUAAUAACAAAACUAAUCUAAAUAGCAUCUGUUGACACUUUAAAAAUACCUUUCAGAAUUUAUGUUUAGGUUGCAAUUAAAUAAGAUAAAAGCUUACAACACCAAAAAUACAUAGGGAAAUAUUACAACUUUUUAUGAGUCAUCUUGAAGUUUUGGGUGUAAAAGAAAAAUAUGUUGAACAAUUCUUCCAAAAAUAGCACUUCCUCAUUAUUUUUUUGUUUUUAGUAGCCAUGUAACUUGAGAAGAAAUAAAGUAACUGCAAUCAAAAGAAUCGUUUAUUAUCAGUAAAAUAAAAUGGCACAACAGAAUUGAUGAUAUUCAUAUCUAUCAAUUGGCUCAUAUAAAAAUGUUCUACUUUUAUCACCAAGGAUCCUUUCUGUUAAAAACUUUAGGGUAUGGAACUCAUAAAAUUAGCGUCCUUCACAAUAUACAGUCAUUAUUAGUUUGUAAGUUUAGAUCACCAUUUACCCCAAACUGGAAAGAGAUGUCUAUACCCAGAAAUACAGGAGUUCCUUCUCAUUCUCAGUGGUGCACGUGUUUAUGUGUGUCACAUUUGGAAGGUCGUCUUGCUGGUCCUUAGGGGGGUGUACCAGUUUGGGUAUCAGGAGAUCUGGGUUCUCAGUCUUUCUUCUGCCAUCGAGGAGCUGCCUCACCCUGGGCAAGUUACCAAAUGUCUCAGUCAUAUUUAUCGCUCGUUAAAGGAUUGGUUAGUUUUAUGGAAAUAUCAAGCUGUAUGGUUCUCCUGAAUCCAGAUUGAAAGCCCUCUACAUCUGAAGAGAUACCCGAUAAAUGUUCCCCUUUGUUUUAGAAAUUCUUAAGAUAAUCCACAACAACACACAUACCGAACUCCCUGAGUGCUUUAACAUGGCAGAGGUAACUACUCUUAUUUUACAGACUGUACACAUAAAAAUGAGUGAUUUUGUUCUGUCUUUGGGGGAAAAAUAUUUUUAAAAAAUUUCCUCCUAAGGGAUUAAUCUAUCUGUAGAAGCCAUGGCUUGCUUUUCUAAUGUGGAAAUCAUUUGACUUGCUGUAACUCACACACCAAUCCUCCCUGUGUCGGGGGAAAUGACUUGCAUCAUGUUCUUUGUUCAUAAUGCUUUUAUUUCCUACUUUGAUCAGUUGUAUAUAAGUGUACAUUUUUGUUGCUUUUGCUGUGCCAGUCAGAAAUAUAUCUCCCAUAAAGUAUUUCUCCCAUGUAAGUCUGAUUAUGUAUACUUUGCCUAAGUCUUUCCAAAAUAAAAUUUAUGUAAAUGUCUAUUUUAUAUAAAAUAUGAUGAAAGUAA